CCCAUAUAAUGAAUGGCAGGCAUCGGGACAUGUAAUCCUAAUUUUCUGCUCUGCACGUUGGUUUCUCACAGAAGCUGUUCUUCGUUUUCACUUGACCUUCCUUCCCCAGCAGCAACUAAUCAUCUUCUCUUUCGCUUCUUCUCUCUGGAUGACUAUGCACAUCUGAAGAACCUAAAGUUCAGAUUUUCUUCAUAUAUGCAAACCUUUUGUGGUCUCAUUCAUGUUUUCGUGUGGAAAAUAACCAGAGUAAACGGAACGGGUGUUGAGUAAAUCCGUCAUGACUUCAGAUUCAGUAUCUAAUUUAAAGCCCGCACCAAUUCCAACAGAGGAAGAGGAAUUACCAAAUUCUGCUGCUUCUCUUUUGCCCUUCGACACAGAAUCUUCCUCCUUAAUCUCCUCAUCAUCCAAGCAAUCCACCAAUAGAGUUCUAUUCAUUUGUCUAAUUCUCUUCACGGCCAUGGCUCUCUCUGCAGCUUUUGCCUUUGCCUUUCUAUUUUUCUCGUCUGUUCCAGCUUCAGCUUCAGCUUCAUCUUCAUCUUCAUCUUCAUCAUCAACUUCUCACUCUGUGGAUGAAGUCUCAAGGCCGCUCACAAAGCUCAAACACCCAGUUGUUAUAUUAGUAUCCUCAGAUGGUUUUCGAUUCGGGUACCAAUUCAAGACCCACACCCCAAAUAUCAAUAGAUUGAUUCAAAAUGGUACUGAAGCCGAUUUGGGUUUGAUUCCAGUGUUUCCAACACUGACUUUCCCGAAUCAUUACUCAAUCGUCACGGGUUUGUAUCCUGCUUAUCAUGGGAUAAUUGAUAACCAUUUUGUCGAUCCAGUCACCGGUUUGACCUUCACUAUGGCCAGUCAUGAUCCCCACUGGUGGCUAGGGGAGCCGUUGUGGGAGACCGUGACGAAUCAUGGCUUGAAGGCUUCCACUUAUUUCUGGCCCGGUUCCGAGGUAAAAAAAGGUUCUUGGAAUUGUCCCAAGGAUUAUUGCAUGUAUUAUAAUGGUUCUGUGCCUUUUGAGGAGAGAGUUGAUACUGUUUUGAGCUACUUUGAUUUGCCUAAUAGUGAGAUUCCUGUGUUUAUGACAUUGUACUUUGAGGAUCCUGAUCAUCAGGGUCAUAAGGUUGGGCCUGAUGAUCCUCAGAUUACUGAAGCUGUUGCUGGAAUAGAUAAAAUGAUUGGUAGAUUAAUUCAUGGUUUAGAAUCAAAAGGGGUUUUUGAGGAUGUGAAUAUAAUUAUGGUGGGUGAUCAUGGGAUGGUCGGUACGUGUGAUAAAAAGCUAAUCUUUCUGGAUGAUCUGGCUCAAUGGAUUGAGAUUCCGAAGGAGUGGGUGCAAUCAUAUAGUCCAGUGCUUGCGAUUCGUCCACCAUCCGAUUCUCAACCGAAGGAUAUCGUGGCUAAGAUAAGUGAGGGUUUGAAAUCAGGAAAAGUAGAUAAUGGUCAGUAUUUGAGAGUUUAUCUAAAGGAGGAGCUUCCUAUUAGACUGCAUUAUUCAGAUAGUGAUCGAAUUCCACCAAUUGUAGGCUUAAUUGAAGAAGGGUUUAAGGUAGAACAGAAGAGAUCUAAAAGGCAAGAAUGUGGUGGAUCACAUGGAUAUGACAAUGCAUUUUUCUCCAUGAGGACCAUUUUUAUUGCUCAUGGACCUGCAUUUGCUCGGGGAAGAAAGGUCCCAUCUUUCGAGAAUGUGCAGAUCUACAACACGGUUACGGCCAUCCUCAACAUUACAGGAGCUCCUAACAAUGGGACAGCGUCAUUUGCACAGUCUAUUCUUUUGCCAAGCCAUUGAAAAUUAUAUGGAGUGUUGACACUGAGAUACCGAGCUGAACUGGAUAUCGAGUGAAAGCAUAUGCAAUUAUUUAUUCUCCUGAUGAGGUAAUUCCUUAUAUCUCCAUAUUGAUACAGGUUUUGUCGAGAAGUGAAUAUUACUAGAAUUCAAGCAGAUAACAUUUUGAUUAUGCAAAUAUGAGCUGGAAGCAGUUUCACGAGCUAGUUCCUUGCUUUCAACUUAUUAUGUACCAUGUGCUUCACAUGAAUGAAUGAAAUGCUCUUCGAUUAUAGAUCUUGUAAAUUACAAGUGAUAAUACUCGCGUUUCUGUUGUUGUAAAGUUCAGGUGCAUAAUUGGUUCCACUAUCACAUGAUAAUAGUGCUGAACUCUAUGGCCUGUAGAGAAGCCUGGCUCUUUGACUGUAACACUAUUUAUGUAUGAUGUUUAAGUUUUUUCAUGCUGCUUUAAGAUUUGAUUUA